GGCGGCGAGCAGUUAAGAUUUGAAACCGGCACGUGCAUCACAUAGCAACAGCGACGGGCAUAGAAUAUCGAAGUGUGUACGUUCUGUGAAGUUAAAACUAAUGUUGCGUUCAUACAGUCUUCAAUAUUACACACAUUUUUAGUGCAUUUCGAUCGGUGAAUAUUAGUAAAACAUUUCAGUGACAUUGUGUUCGGCAAAAAAAAAAUUCGGCAUUUUUUUCCUUAAGGACUACAUAAAACAACAGCACCCGAAGCCGGCUCUAUCCGAGUAUAAACACCAGGGUACAAAAUGCCACCAGGUGUAGCCGUGUCCCCCGGCUCGAUAUCAUCGGGUUACGCGAGUUGCACUCUCAUAAAUCCCGACAGACAACCGGACCAACAACAGACUUUCCGUGGAAAUUGCUUGGAGACCGUGGAUUCACAUUUAAACAACAGUAGCAGCAGCAGUAGCAGUAGCAGUAGUAGUAGUGCCGGAAGCGGCGAAAGCGCAGAACUUUCCGACAAAGACCAAAUUCAAGUGGAAUCUUGCUACAAAGGUUUAAAAACUCAGGUUUUCGUUUGCGGAUCUAUGGCCAACCUGUACUUGCACAACAACUCGUCGUCGGCCGAGGGCACUUGGGAUUUGAAGUUCACCGGCAUUCCCGUGGUGUUGUACGACAGUGGUGAGACUCGGUCACGGGACAAGCCUCGCAUCCAGAUUUUGUUGGUAGAACGAGGCACAUGCUUUGCUUUGUGGCAGGACACCAUCGACAACUUGACAUCGUACAAGGUAUCCAGCCAGGGAUUUCACACCAUGUGCCUUUCUACCGACCACACGCAGCUGAUAGGGUUGAGCUUUGACUGUGCCGACGCUGCCCAACAGCUUUGGGCCCACAUUGAACGGCUCACCUCGGACCCCGAAAACAUCCGGCUGUCGGGGCCCGGAAGUCGGUCAAAGCACAACCGGAAGCAAAAACACCGACCAGCUCCGGUCCGUCGUCUACCGGACAAGUCGCACAUCUCCCAGCCGUGUUGCUUCGAGCACGUGACCAACGUGGAGGCGUCCGACAGGGCCAGGUACUACUCACUGCAGAACCUGCUGCCUACGCCGGCCAUGACCGUGGACUCAAUGGCUGACGUUUGAGACCGAAAAGCUGGUCAACAUUUUCAUAUUCCAUACAAUUAUUAUAUUAUAAUUUAAACAAAAUAGGGAUCUCCGUAAUAGUCGCACACUCGUCCACGACGAGAACACUAUGAACGAAUACUGAAUGACGAUGAUAUAAUUAUUAUAUCGACCAGGAGAAAGAAAUGAUGGUUAUUAUCAUUAUAUUCUAAACUUAUUUAUUUAUUUUUAUUUUUAUUACAUCGUGAUUUUUAUUCCAUGUAGUAAUAGUUAGCUGUUAAGCCAUAACCCUUUUUAAGUAUACACAGUAUUUUGUUAUUAUUAUUACUAUACGAUUAAUAUUAUUUUUGUUAUGAAACCGCUUUAUAUUUUCACUAUAUAAAUUAUUUGAAACCUAGCAUCAAUGAAAUGUAUUAUAUGAUAAGAUAAAUGUAAUAAUAAUAAUUUAUAUGUGUUUAUUGAUUAACGAAGGGACAAGAACUAUAAGGAGGACACGUUUAAUAAGUUUUCAUUAAUUUUAUCUUUUGUCUUGCGACACUAUAUUAUUAUGAUUUUGUUAUAGUAUUCAAAUUUAUUUAUCUUGCUAACUAACAAGUUUUCAUGCGAACUUUUUUAACAAUCAUUUGUACACCAUUGUUGUUUAAUUAUAACCAAAAAUGUGUGGUUAGUCUCUCCAAAUUAACCUAGUUGCAUCCUUGUGAUCUCAAGCCCUUCACGUGUGUUUAUAUGAUAUACAAGACAGACAUCGUGAUAUUAUGUAUAAGAAUGUAAAUUAACUAUUUUAAUAAAUCUAAUAUUUGCUAUUCAAUUUAGAUAAAACGUACAAAGAAAAAAAUUGUUGUGAAGCAAUUUGUAACUGUUGUAAAAUAUCAGAGAUAAUGAUAAUGUACAUUUUAUUUCAAUAAUUAUUUUUAGUAUAGUAUCAGAAAUAACUAUCGUCACUAAAACUAACAUUGAGUGUUGACGUACGAUAACUUACGCAAUGCGCACAUAUUAAUUAUUCAUUUUGUGUAAUCUAUACAGCACUGACAUUGUUAAACUUGACAAGUCAUUUUUCAGUAACUAUUGUAAAAUAUUUAAUUACCUUGUACCAUUUUAGUUUAGAUUUUAAAUCGACACUCGGAGAAUAAUUGUUUGCAUCACAGACAAAUAAUUAUCGCUUCCUAAAAUUAUUGUAGUAUUAAUUUUCAAAAGAAUAAUUUGAUUAAAUCAAUAACCGUUUUCCUAAGAUAAUGUUUAAGUAAAUAUCAAUGUAAAUAAAAUGUCAUGACUAAU